AUGGCACCGUUUGCGUAUGAGUUUCGAGGGGGUGCAGAUCAAUAUCGACCCGGAGAUCGAAACAGCGACAGAGACAAGGACAGACGCAGAAAUGGAGAUAGAGACCGAGCGCCGCGUCAUCAAUUCACAUUCCGCUUUUCCAAACCUACUGCAGACCGCCCAUUACUAUCGCAAAAACGUGAGACUACUCCGGAGCUGCUCGUCGGUCAACAAGAAGGCCAAGACCAACUGCGAUUCAAAUUCGCCCAACUGGAUGAGCUGACCGAUAGCGAUGAAGCGGAAAUGGAGGAAUCCUCUUCCGAAAAUGGGGAUAGUGAUUUGGAACGUCCUCGUAAAAAGCGAGCGGUUGAGCCUGUGGUCACCCCUGCUGUUGAGCCGCCUAAGUGGUCGAAUCCAGAUCCUUACACUGCACUGCCGCCUCCAGAUGAGACGCACGUUAAACGGCCUGACUUUGUAAAGCUCAUUCGAAAAGCACGAAUCUCAGCAACUGCUGCAGAACCUCUUGUUGGCGGUGAUGCAGUUACAACCAAUGACGAUUUCAUUUCUUUCGGGGCGAACGACGACGACUUCGAAGACGAGAAUGCGCCCCCAGAAAACGCUCCGUCUGGUCCGAAGCUACGCCAACCGCACCAAACGGAAGAUGUGGGUGUUGGAAAGAAGCGCACGCGGGACGACCAGGUCAAAGUAUUUACCGGAAAAUCUGGCAAAAUCAGCUUCAACUCAGAAGGAGACAUUAUCAGUGUGUGGAAGGCUCGACCAUCUGAUAAUGGGAGCCCAUGGCUUGAACUGAUGGAGCCUACAAUGCAUCUUGGUACUAGGCUACAUAACGAGAUACUCGCUUUCUAUGACUGGGUGAAACCUCGGCCUUACGAGGAUAUGAUUCGCAGAGACCUUAUUGCCAGAAUACAAAAUGUGUUUGAUUCCCAGCCGAAGUUUCGUGAUAUGGAAAUUCGGUCAUUUGGGUCGUUUGCAUCAGGGCUUUACCUUCCUGUUGCGGACAUGGAUCUAGUUAUACUUUCACCCAGCUUCAGACGCUAUGGAAGAGAGACUUUUGUUCCAUACAGAAGAAGCUCAGGCGGCAGAAUUUCCAUAUACGAAGUCGCCAGAGUUAUUGAGAGGGCAAACGUUGUGGCUUCUGGAUCAAUGGAGAUUAUAGCCGGUGCCAGAGUUCCCAUUCUCAAAUGGGUUGAUCGCUUGACUGGUCUAAAAGUUGACAUGGCAUUUGAUAAUGACAGCGGUAUUCGUGCUAUUCAAACUUUUGAAAAGUGGAAAGAAGCUUACCCGGCGAUGCCCGCUAUUGUUGCCGUCGUCAAACAAUUUCUACUUUUGCGAAGUUUGAACGAGGUUCCCACAGGUGGGUUGGGAGGCUUCUCUAUCAUCUGCCUCGUUGUUAGCUUGCUACAACAUAUGCCCCAUCACUUGAACGGCCACGGUCCCUCUCUCGGCAGUAUUCUUAUGGACUUCUUUGAUUUCUAUGGCAACAAGUUCGAUUAUACAUCGGUUGGUAUACGGAUGGAGCCACCCGGUUAUUUCAACAAGGUUGUCUAUAGUCACGAGAAAAAAGCCCGUUUGUCCAUCGAGGACCCCAAUCGACCAGAAAAUGAUAUCUCCGUGGGCACAAAAGAGAUUGGUCUGAUUUUUCGCUGCUUUUCCAGAGCUUACAACGCAUUGAAAUCUCGAAUGACGUCGGUUGCUGUUUCGCAAAAUCAGACGAAUGUUUGUUUUCUGGACAGUAUUAUCUCAGCGUGUUACGAUGAAUACGCAGAUCAGCGCGCUCAUUUGCGCAAGAUUUUUGAGAUUGAGUCCAGGUUUAUUCCAUACCAUAGGAUGCUCACUCCACCGCCUCCGCCGCCAUAUAGCCCGUCAGAAUCAGAAUAUGACCCGGAACAUGCGCCUGUCCCGCCACCUCCCCUUCCUGCCCCUACUCCUUCUGAGCUGAAGAUCAAGGGAUUGGGUACAUCUAAUGGCAAUGGAGACAAGGCCGCCGCGAAAAAGCAGAAGAAGAAAAAGAAGAAGGCAACGAAGCAAAAUGGAAAGGUGAAGAAGGCUUAG